UGUGGGGGGGGAGAGAGAGAGAGAGAGAGAGAGAGAGAGAGAGAGAGAGAGAGAGAGAGAGAGAGAAGGAGAUGACGGGUAUGAAGCUCGUCGCCGUCAUCGUAGCCUUGGCUUUCUUGAUGAGCGCCAGCCCUCGCGCGGCCAUGGCGGCGGAUGUCCCUAUCCCUGCUGCCCCUAGCGCUGGUCCAAAUAUCGCUGCGGCCCCUGGUAACGCCGCAGCCCGUAGCGUGCGGACGGCGAAGACAGGCAGGGACGCGAAAGUGUUCGAGAUUCUUAAGAAAGAGACGCAGUUUUCCAUGUUCUACGAGGCGCUGGUGAACACCACGGAAAUUUGGAACGUGGAGGGUCGCACUGUGCUCGACGGCGAGCAGUUGAUCCUUUUUGCUCCCACGAACACAGCCUUGAUCAAUGGGCUCCCCGAGGACGUCAUGCCGUGUCUGCAAAAGGAGCCUGGUCAGGCGACCCUCGCGAGUUUCUUGGAGGACCUUCAGGUUGUCGUCCCCAUCAAUGCCAGUUUCCCGCAGGUGAACACUACGAAACAGCUGCUCAAUCUGACCAAGGACGGGUGUCUGUGGACGAUCGGGGGCAGGGGCAUCGUCGUCACCGAGGACGCGGAUGGCUCGAUCAGGCUGACAAGCGACGACGGAGUGGACAGCGUGACAGUCCAGGAAGCCAGAGCCACAGACCCCACCGUGACGCUCUUUCCGCUCGAGAACACCGUCAUCGUCGAGGAGGAAGUGGGCAACAACAUCACGCGCAUGUGUCUCGGCGGGCAGGUGUCGGAGUCCUCCGCUGCCCCGCCCUCCACCGACUCCCUCCGACGAGUCCCAGGGUCGGAGUCGUCUUCCAAAGGGGCGGGCGGCGAGCACGUGUCGGAGUCCUCGACCGCGGCACCCUCCAGUGGUGCCCUCCCAUAUUCGGCACCGUCGACCGCGGCACCCUCCACUGCAGUCGUGAAUUGUUGCACAGGAAAUCUCCCGCCAAGAUUUGUGAAGUUGUGUAAGCGCAUUAUGGCUGCUGCGGAAGAAAUGGAACGAAAGUUCGCGGCGAGUUUCCUGGAAGGAGAAGACUAUUCUAAGGAAAGAGACUCGUCCGAACUUGCGAGGGUCAAGGCUGAGCUGGCUGCGUUGCAAAACAAGUUUGAAAACAUGGGGUUUGUGUCAGUACGAAUCACAUGGACCAAGGACGAGGAACAUCGCGAGUGGUUUGAGUACUUAGAGUUGAUCGUUCAAGCCUGGAGGACCGACGUGGAAGGCGAUCUUCUCGGAUUUUUGUUCGGAUCGGUGCACCCCAAUCAUCGCCAGCUGAUCGCCUUAGAGUUGACGGUCCCCCUUGCACAGUUAGCAGAUGAUCUCCCACUUGAGAUCGUCUCGCAGAGUGAUGAGAGCCCGGUUCCACAUGUCCUCACGCGGACUCUAACGGCGUAUCUUCAGUGGUCGGCAUGCUUAGAGGAGCCAGGAACCAGCCGCAACCUGCCGUCGCAGCAGGAUUAUCUGGACCCACGGGAGAUCAUCGAUCUCACCUUUUUCCAAGAUCGGGCGGCCUCCGAGGACGAAGAAAUAGAGAUCAAGGAAGAAAGCGUCGAGGAAGAAGAAGAAGCCACCGAAGAGGACGCGGAGGAAACAACCCCGGAGGAAGGCAGUUAUAGUGAGCACAGCGAGGGAGAUCAGAGUGAAGGCGAGGAAGAAGACGAGGAAGAAGAAGAGGAGUUAGAGCUGGAGGAGACUGAGUGGGAGAUCUCAGCGGAGGAGCUCGAGCGAACAAAAGCAGAGCAGGCGGAAGACCCCGAAGCGGUGCGCAAAAGAGACGAAAUCGCGGCCGAAAAACGACAGCUGGAGUUCGCCAGCGUGGCAAAUUUGCCGAUCACCGACGAUCUGGCCCGCGAUCCCGAGCCGCCUAAGCCUGAGGAUGGAGAACAGGCUGAGACUUCAAGCUCACCGACAGGGCGGCGACGAAGCCGAUCCCCCUCCCCCUCCACCUCCGACCAACCAUCAGUUCAAGCCCGUACCAAUACGGGGCAUCGGGCUUCGUCCACGGUCGUUAUCCCGCAGUCCCCUUGACUACCUCACCAUCCAUCAAAUCACCACCCGUGUC